AUGGAUAAUGGAGCUACUGUCUGGAAAUCUUCUGGAGAUGAGAAGUGUACUCUUGUAGAAGCUUACAGCAAGGGAGGUUCCAUACUGGUAUACUUAAAGGUUGAGAGUGUCACUGGACUAGAUUUAAAAUACCUUGAGAGAGUAAAUGUUACUCCUUCACCUGAUCAUGUUGAUGGCACUCUCAUUACUCUUGAUCUUUCCAGUCCUGAUGGAUCUAAUAUAAAGACUACGACAAGAGAUUAUAAUGGAUUUGAGUCAAAGAACUAUGAUCCAGUAAAGGGUCUUUCCAUAUCCUCUGUUGUAGAUGGUGAUAAGGAGCUAUGGAAUACGAAUGGAGGGGAACAGUGCUAUUUUGCGACUUUUUUCCCUAAAGAAGACCAUGAUCUACUCAUUAUUGCUAUAAAGAAAGGUGACAAUUUCGAAUACAAUUUCUUUGAGAAUGUGGGUGGAGAAUGGAAGGGAGUAGAGCAGGAUUAUUUCUUCAAGAAGUAUAAUGAAAUGACCGGACUUCCUGAUCUUAAUUCCACUCUACCCAAGGCUUCCCAAGAGUCUUAG